AUGGGGUGGUGGGAGAGGGAGUGUGUGCCCAAGGUGGUUGUUGCAGCACCCACUGACAAGCUUCACUCGUUUCCUCCCCGUACGUCCCUCGCCUCCCCUCCCGCCCCCUCCCCUCCUCCCGCCUCCUCCCCUCCUCCCGCCUCCUCCCCUCCUCUCGCCUCCGCCCUGAGCAGGUGGGAGAGGGAGCGCGUGCCCAAGGUGGUUGUUGCAGCACCCAAUGAGAAGCCGCCACCUGGCGGCAAUCCUACCAGCGGCGGUGCCCCUGUGGCCCUGGGUCCGCGUCACCUGCCGCGAGUGGCUGCUGUGCCGGCCAGCCCCGCCCUGCUGCUGCCCUCCCACGAGUGGCGGCAGUACGUGCAAGCCGCCUUUGGUUACCUGCGCCAGGUGGGUCUUGCUGUGCUGUGCUGGGUAGGUGUUUUCCCCGCACUACCUGCCGCGAGUGGCUGCUGUGCCGGCCUGCUCCGCCCUGCUGCUGCCCUCCCACGAGUGGCGGCAGUACUGGCUGCUGUGCCGGCCUGCCCCGCCCUGCUGCUGCCCUCCCACGAGUGGCGGCAGUACCUCCAGGCUGCGUUCGGGUGCCUGCGCCAGAGCCUUGAAGGCGUCGACGAAUCACGAGUCGCCACGUGUCACGGCAUGCCAAUCCCAUCGCACCGCGACCUGCACGCGUGGCACUCCUACUGCUUUGGCCGCUCUCUGCCUUGUGACACGGGGGAGGCGGGAGAGGGGGGAACCGGGGGAGGGGGAAAAGUGGCGGCGAGAAGGAAGGCGAAGAGGAGAGUAGGGAAGAAGGUGGCUGGCAUGGGAGAAGGAGAGGAUUGCAGUGAGGUAGACCUGGGGGAGGGAAGCGAGAGAGGAGAGAGUGAGGGGGGAGGGAGUGAGGAGGAGGGCAGCAGAGAGGGGGAAGGGGAAGUGGAUGGGGAUGAUGAGGAGAAGGAUUUGAUUGGCGAGGAGGAGGGGGGCGCGUGGGAGGAGGACGUGGAUGGGGAGCGAGAGAAGGAUGAGGGAGUGGAGGAGGUUGGGGGUGGAGCAAGGGAGGAAGAGGUGGGUGGUGAAAGAGGAGAAAAGGAGGCAAAGGGUGAAAAGGGAGAGGAAGAAGUGGAGGAUGGUGGGGAGGGGAAGACGAAGGAGGGGGGUGAGGUUUGUUGUGGUUCGGAAGCAGAGCGUGAAGGGAUGGAGGAUGGAGGGAAAAGGGAGAGCGAGUGUGUGGAGAAAGAUGGAGGAGAGGAGAGAGGUGAGGGAGGGGAGGCGUGUGAAUCAGGAGGUGAUGGGACGACGGAAGACGGGAGUUUGAGAGGGGAGGCGGAAGGGGAUGCCAGUGCCAGCGUGCGUGACACGGCAUGGGAUGAUGUGGCAGGGGAUGAUGUGGCAGGGGGUGAUGUGGCAGGGGAUGAUGUGGCAGGGGAUGAUGUGGCAGGGGAUGAUGUGGCAGGGGAUGAUGUGGCAGGGGAUGAUGUGGCAGGGGAUGAUGUGGGAGGAGAUGUGUUGGGAAGGGGUGAUGCAGGCAUGGGGUGUGGUGGAUUGAGGGAAACACUGGACGAGAUGAUCAACUACUCGGGACCCCUGCCUCUUUGGGUGCCAGAUAAUGACGAAAGCAGCAACCCUGGUCUUGAUCCAUCUGAAGACUAUACUGAGCAACCAUCCAUGCCAGUGCCAUGGCCGUCAGAUUCUGACGUGGCAGCCAUGGAGUGCGUGCUCCCGGGCCGGGCCAAUCAGCUCGCUCCGUUGCUCGGCACGGUGCUACACUGCGAUGCUGUUGGCCGAGCCGCCCUCCUCCGCGCCCAUGUGGACUGGGCCAUCGGCCAAUCAGCAGUUGACACGUGGCGGGGAAUGUGGCUGGUGGCAUGGGCGGCAGGGGUGGACGAGCCAAUAGAAGCGGAGACGGCAGCAGCGCUGCGAGAGCUGCUGAGGAAGUGUGCUGGGCUGAGGGCUUCGAUACAGUCACGGUCUGGGGUGGUGAGUGCUGAUGGGGAGGGUGUAGAAACAGAGCAGGAGAGCAUGGAGAUGAUUGGUGGAGGGCAGCUUGUGGUGGAUGCAGCAGGGGCUGUUGAGGCGGGCACAGAGCCACAUCGCAACACCCUCCUCGCCUCUCCCCGCCUCUCCCCACCUCUCCCAACCCCUCCCCACCUCUCCCUCUCCUCAACCAACAUGCUGAGCGGCGCAGCGCGUCGCAAGGGCCAUCAGCGCUUCUCGCUCCUCCUGCUCGACGACGGGGACCACUACAUAACCGACUGGGUCGCCACGUGUCACCUCGUGGAUGGCCAGCCGCGCGCGCUCGCCGGCGGGCGGCUGCGGCUGUGCAUGAGGUCGCUUUUCUUCGAGCCGCAGGACCCCGCCAUCCCCAUUAUAAUGUUCCCCAUGCCGCACAUACUAGUCGUUUUCCACCCCGCGUCGCGCCGCCAGUACCGCUCGCAGCUGGGCGCGAAACUCGCCGCGGAGGGGCGCAUCCGCGCGGAGUGGGCGGGGGAAGGCGCGGGGGCGGGCGGGGGGGACGGGGAAAGCGGCGAAAACGGCGGGUUUGGCGGAGGUCGGGGCGGAGGACGGAGGAGCGAUGGGGGAAGGCUGGGGAAUGCGUAUGGGGAUGGGGGGUAUGGGGGAGAUAAGGGGUAUGGGGAUGUGGUGUAUGUGACAACAGGCAUGUACGUGGCAAUGAAGGCGUGUGGGCAGGACGUGCCGUACGAGUUUGAGAAGAAAGAGAUCGACGAGGGCCACCUGCCGUCCACGUGGGCCUUCUCCCUUGACUACUCGCCCACCUCACGGGUAUGCAUGCUUCAAUCCAGCCCCCUGCCAUGUGUAUACGUGAAGCAGGUUACUGCCACUCGUGUAGGUCAGAUGUUAUUGAGGUGCCACAGCAAGCAGUGCAAUGGGAAGGAGCCCGACGAGGGCCACCUGCCUUCCACGUGGGCCUUCUCCCUUGACUACUCGCCCACCUCACGGCUCCUAGACGAGGCGCUGCCAGUGCUGGGAGUGCAGCUGCUGCCAUACGAGCAGCGAGACAUGGAGCUAUUAGACGAGGCGCUGCCAGUGCUGGGGGUGGUGCAGCUGCUGCCAUACGAGCAGCGGGACAUGGAGGUGCCUUCUGACCCCUCCUGUCACUUGCCUCUCACAUCCCUCACUCCCCGUGCAUGCAUCCCUCCUCACCACCUCCUAGACGAGGCGCUGCCACUCUUAGACGAAGCCCUACCUGUGCUGGGAGUGCAGCUGCUGCCGUACGAGCAGAGGGACAUGGAGGUGGCACGCCGCCUGUCCCUCAUGGAGGCGUCGGCGCCCUUUGAUGUCAGCCGCCUUGUGGACCUCUCCGAACACAUCCUCCUCGACUGCCUCGCCUCCCAGGUUCGGCCUCUGGUUCGGGAGCCGGGCCGCCUUGUGAUCACACAGCAGCGGCUUUACUUCCAGGUGACAACUGGUGCAGGUGACGUCUGGGCCGGGUGUACCGUCACUGCUCUUUUGCUCCCUGCUCUUUCGCUCCCUGCUCUUUCGCUCCCUGCUCUUUCGCUCCCUGCUCAUUCGCUCACUGCUCUUUCGCUCCCUGCUCUUUCGCUCCCUGCUCUUUCGCUCCCUGCUCUUUCGCUCCCUGCUCUUUCGCUCCCUGCUCUUUCGCUCCCUGCUCUUUCGCUCCCUGCUCUUUCGCUCCCUGCUCUUUCGCUCCCUGCUCUUUCGCUUCCUGCUCUUUCGCUCCCUGCUCUUUCGCUCCCUGCUCUUUCGCUCCCUGCUCUUUCGCUCCCUGCUCUUUCGCUCCCUGCUCUUUUGCUCCCUGCUCUUUCGCUCCCUGCUCAUUCGCUCCCUGCUCUUUCGCUCCCUGCUCUUUCGCUCCCUGCUCUUUCGCUCCCUGCUCUUUCGCUCCCUGCUCUUUCGCUCCCUGCUCUUUCGCUCCCUGCUCUUUCGCUCCCUGCUCUUUCGCUCCCUGCUCUUUCGCUCCCUGCUCUUUCGCUCCCUGCUCUUUCGCUCCCUGCUCUUUCGCUCCCUGCUCUUUCGCUCCCUGCUCUUUCGCUCCCUGCUCUUUCGCUCCCUGCUCUUUCGCUCCCUGCUCUUUCGCUCCCUGCUCUUUCGCUCCCUGCUCUUUCGCUCCCUGCUCUUUCGCUCCCUGCUCUUUCGCUCCCUGCUCUUUUGCUCCCUGCUCUUUCGCUCCCUGCUCUUUCGCUCCCUGCUCUUUCGCUCCCUGCUCUUUCGCUCCCUGCUCUUUCGCUCCCUGCUCUUUCGCUCCCUGCUCUUUCGCUCCCUGCUCUUUCGCUCACUGCUCUUUCGCUCCCUGCUCUUUCGCUCCCUGCUCUUUCGCUCACUGCUCUUUCGCUCACUGCUCUUUCGCUCCCUGCUCUUUCGCUCACUGCUCUUUCGCUCCCUGCUCUUUCGCUCCGGCUAUGUUCUCUACUGGCUCGUGCGCUCUGCACCAGCACACAUGCUGCGGCUGCAGGGCCUGCGGGCAAGCAGAGAAGGAACAUGAGGAAGAAGGGUGAGAGGAGCAAGGGAGAAAUCGGCCAAGGGAUGAGAACGGCCGCUUUGACUCCCCGGACCGGCUGUUCACAGGCCUGCAGGAGUCGCAGGCUUUAUCUCCAUCCCUCUCCACCCCAUCUCCCCACCCCCUUCUUCCCUCCACCACCCCCCCUCCCCCAUCAGAACGGCCGCUUUGACUCGCCUGAUCGGCUGUUCACGGGGCUACAGGAGUCGUGGGAGAGUGUGCUGUCUUUUUUUAAGGCGCCUUAUGAAUCUCCCCAACCCCCCGCCUCCCCCCCUCAGAACGGCCGCUUUGACUCGCCUGAUCGGCUGUUCACGGGGCUACAGGAGUCGUGGGAGAGUGUGCUGUCCAACGCCACAGAUGUCAAGGAGCUCAUCCCCCACUUUUUCUCACUCCCAGCACACUUCCUCCGCCUCCCGUCGGACCUCAAUCUAGGCACACGCCAGAACGGAGUGCCAAUCGGCGAUGUGGAGCUGCCUCCUUGGGCGAGGGAUGCAGAGGAUUUCGUAGUGAAGCACGUGCAGGCUCUGGAGUGCGAGUGGGUGUCGGCGAAUCUCCACCAUUGGAUCGAUCUGAUUUUCGGAUACAAGCAGCGAGGCAAGGCAGCAGAGGAGGCGGACAAUCUCUUCCACCCGCUCACCUACGAGGGUGCAGUGGAGCUUGACUCGCUCAGCAGCUUUGUGGAGAGGAGAGGCUUCGAAACUCAGGUGCUGUUCUGUGGGAUGGAUUUGUGA